GUUGGCAACACUCAGACGUGUGCGUGCUGUUAGAGGUUACGGUUGUGUAAUUUGUGCUCGUUUCCUGUUUCCAAGAAUGGGUGAUAACGCUGAUUCCAAGCCUGAAGGCGAAGGAAAUGAAUACAUUAAGCUGAAAGUUGUGGGCCAGGACUCCAAUGAAAUCCACUUCCGCGUGAAAAUGACAACUCAGAUGGGCAAAUUGAAGAAGUCCUACAGUGAGCGCGUGGGCGUGCCAGUCGCGUCGCUGCGAUUUCUUUUUGAUGGACGCCGCAUUAAUGACGAAGAAACGCCUAAGGCGCUGGAAAUGGAGAACGACGACGUCAUAGAGGUCUAUCAAGAGCAGCUUGGCGGAAACCACUAACACCACAAGCGUGUUCUUGCACCAUUCCUUAAUUUAAUGAAUUAUUGAGUAUUUCAUCAUCCAUCUUUGUCGUAUCAACCCUUUAUUUCCUUCCUCUCAGUUGCUCCUCUUUGUACGCAAUUUUGAGCCAUCGCGUCACCAAGACUGGAAUCUGUAGACUUCGGUCUAUGUCUACUUCAUUUAUUGCGUAUUAUUAGUCAUCGGUAAUUGAUUUUAAUAUUAACGGACAAAUUAUAGCAGUACGUAUGUAUUUUUAAAAUCAAAAAACGAGUAUGAGCUUGGUCUUGAUUUUGUUUUCAUUUAGUAGAAGUCUUUGGGCAUUAUCUCGUGAUCUGAGACAAUUUUCGUAUCUGCUUCGUUGCUACGAGUUUACUGUAAUUUCCGUGUCGCUUGCCGUUUAAGGUUACGUUCUGUUGUAGAUUAGGUUCUUGCGUACUAUUAGGCUUGUAAAUGUAAAAAUAAAUUACAGUGUGAUUCGUUGUCUGAAAAGAAGUCCAAAAUUAGCGUAUCAUUGGUCCGAUGUACUGUAUUUGUAGAAUUUACUUCUAUGAAUAUGCUACUGCGUCACUUUUAUAUAAAAGUUCUGAAAACAA